AUGCGCGCCGGAAUGCUGCGAACGGGAGGCACCCCCGAGCUGCUCUCGAAGAGGCGGGCAAGCGGCCGUCGGAACGGUGAGGGCGUCGCACGAACAUUACCAGCCUCUUCCAGCAGACUAGGGCUGGCGAGCCGCGGCUGCGGGAGGGCGCAGACGCGGUCGACGAUGCUUGCGGAGCGCCAUGGGCUGCACGCCGCGAGCAGGGGCGUGCACGCCCGGCCUGGCGCCCGCGCGUGCGCCUCGUGCGCCGGCGCGGCAGGGAGCAUCGCGAGCAGGAGCGUCGUGGCGCAGCGGUGGCGGCCGCGGGCGGGACGUGCGGACGGCGCGGGGCGACGGUUUUCGUUGGAACCGUCGACGUUCGUCGGUAGAGGGGGCGUGGGGGUCGGGCGGAGGUUGGUCCGGCCAGAGAGAGGCAGGCAGCUCGCGGCUGAUGCGCCCGAGGGGCAAAAUGCGGGCGGGGCGCACCCGGACAGCAGCCAGUCGCUCGGAGCUGUUGCUGCACACCCGCCUCUUCCAUCUGCCCAGGAGGAGGAGGAGACCGAGGCGACGGUCAUCACGUCUAGUUCGGGCUUCUUCCUGCUGACCAUAUGCGUCGCCAGCGUCGUCGUGUACAUCGUCGCGCAGGCACUCUAUCACUCGCUCACGUCAGAGAUAUCCCUCUCGCGCGCCCUCUUCAAGUCCGCGACGCGCCUCAUCGCCGCGAACGGCUUCAAGCAGCUGGCGUUCAUCGUGUCCACCAUCACGCUGCUGCGCGCGGGCCUCGAGCCGGUCGUCAAGGCCGUCCGCCUGCUCCUCGCGGGGCCGGAGGGGCUCGACCAGGCCGCGUGGGAGCGCAGCACCGUCUUCAUGGUCCUGCGCGAGAUCUACCAGCCUCUGGAGAUCCUCCUCUACAUCGCGGCGACCGUCGCCGUCGUCGAACACACCCUCCCCGCACUCAUCGCGGUGCCAGGCGCGUACGUCGCGCACGUGAUGCGCACGAUCAUGACGCUGUCGUUCAUCAUCACGAGCGCGCGGAUCAUCCUGAGCAUCAAGACGCGCGCGCUGUCGAGCGCCGCGCUCAAGCUGGAGCUGUCGGGCGAGGCGACGAAACAGCGACGCAUCGAGGCGAUCGACAAACUGCUCACCGUCCUCACCGUCACCGUCUCCAUCGUCCUCAGCCUCCAGUCCGUCGGGUUCGACGUCAACUCCCUCCUCGCCAUCGGCGGUAUCGGUGGUGUCGCCCUCGGUCUGGCGGGUCGCGAGGUGCUGGAGAACUUCUUCAACGGGCUGGUGAUCCUGUCGUCGUCGCCGUUCGAGCCGGGCGACGAGGUGUUCUUCCGCCCCGCCAACACCACCAUCGUGGAGGGCAUCGUGGUCGACGUGGGGUGGUUCCGAACGCAGAUCCGGUCCUUCGAGCGCGAGGUCUGGAUCGUCCCGAACUCCGUCUUCUCGAAGAUCGUCGUGCGCAACGUCACGCGCAAGGGCCGCGAGUGGCGCUUCUUCCAACAGCUCCUCCUCACCGCCGACUCGAUCCGCGUCGUGGAGCGCAUCGUGAACGAGAUCCGGCAGUGCAUCCGGCAGGACGCGCGCGUCAUCCAGCGGCUGCACCGCCGUGCGUUCGUGAACGGGUUCUAUCCGGACCGCAUCGAGGUGUACGUGUCGUUCUACAUUGACGCCAUCAACCAGGACUCCUACAUGGCCGUGCGGCAGGACCUCAUGCUGCGGUUCGUGCGCACCGCGGAGGAGUGCGGCGGCCGCCUGGCGUACCAGCAGCUCGCCGUCGACGUCGGGACGCAGGCGGGCGUCACCGCCGCGCCCAGCAUGCUCGGCGGCGCGCAGGUGCUCGCGCAGGGCGCUGGCAUGGUCGACAUGGGGGACACUCCUGUGCGUGGCGGGCCCGGGCGGUGGGGCGGUCCCGGCGGGCUGGGCGGCGGCGGCGUUGCGGCGCCGGUGCCGGACUCGGACUGGUCGGACAUCGCUCCGUCGACGGUGUCGCAGGCCACCGUCAUCGCCAGCGCAGCUGGGUUUGGAAAGAAGCCGUUCAAGGCGUCGCCGGAGGACGACGGCGCCGACGAGGCGCACGAGGCGUCCAAGGAGAAGGCGCGAGGGGACGCGCGAGAGAGGGGGCGCGGGGAGGCGCGGUCGUCGGGUACGAGCACGGGUAACGUCGUUGAGGAGGAGGAGGAGGAGGUGCACGCGAUUUCGCACCCGCCGCCGCCGGAGGAGCGUGCGCGACGGGCGCGCGAGAGUGCGGAGGCGGCGCGGAACGGGAGCGGCCGGGGCGCGGGGGAGAACGGUGCGCAGGGCGAGGCGCAGGGCAGCAAUGGGACGGUGGUGGUGGAGCCCGAGGUGGCGCCGGGGUCGGAGACGGAGUCGGACGAGGAGGAGGAGAAGCGGAAGGCGAGGGUGUUCCAGGACGUGGACGUCGACGCCGAGAAAAAACAGUGA